AUGAGAGAAAAUGGGAGGGCGAGCAAAGGGGUCAUUCUAACAUCUGACUCACCAGUGUCCGUCACUGCGUUCAACCUAUAUUUCUCAUCAGCCUCGGGUGGAUACCUUGCUUUACCAGUAGAAAGUCUUGGUGUCAAUUAUAUCGUUGGAACAGCCAGACCAAAUUAUGCGCUCUUUGAGACGUAUGGAACUUCGUUUGCUGUAGGAGCGCCGUACGACAAUACAGUGGUCAAUAUUACACUCAGUACUUCUGGUAUUUCUGUUCCCGGUCAGUUUCACAGGGAGGGAGACAAAAUCACCGUCGUUCUGGAUAAACUGGACACGUUCUAUAUUGAAACAAACACAUUAAAUCAAGACCUGACAGGUACGCAUAUUUUAAGUGAUAAGCCUGUAGUGGUAGUGUCUGGUAAUCUUUGUUCAUACGGAUACGGAGGUUGUAAUCAUCUUGUGGAGUACCUACCUCCUGUGUCAAAGUGGGGUACCAGGUUUAUGGUACCACCUAUUACUAGAAGCAUCAGUUGUAUCAUCAGGAUAAUCUCAUCCGUAAGCAAUACGAAUGUCGUUGUCAUCUCUGAUACCUCGAACAAAACUUACUCAGUAUCUACCCACGUAGAUAUAAACACGAACUCGACUCAACCUUACGCCAUUUCUAGUGAUCACCCUGUGCUCGUGCUACUAUCAAUUUAUGAGAGAACAGUUGAAAUGACAUUGGUGCCAUCAAUUAACCAGUUCUCCAAUGAACCCGUGCUGGUCUCGACUCCUACAUCCUUUGUGUACGAUAACUACAUUGUGGUCAGUAUCCAGACCAUUAACCAGUCCGGUCUACAGCUCCGCACCGUUUACGGGACGGACUUGUCCAAUGUUGGAUCAGUGAGUUUUCCUGAUGCUGACGGUGAAAUGUAUAGCUUCAUUACGGUAUCCUGUAACAAUAAGUGUUCUGUCCAACACAACGACACCGACGUGGCGUUUAGUGUUAUUGUGUACGGGUUUGAAAUUAAUGCAGUAUAUGCAUAUCCUGCAAAUCUCGCGUAA